AAUUGGGGGAAUUUUUGGAAGCCAGAAACCUCUCUCUGUUUUCUCUUUCUUUCUCUCAAAACUGCGCUUUUUUCAAGUUUUUGUCUCUCUGCAAAUUUUGGGUUACAUUGAACAGAAUAGGUAGAUGGAUGCAUGAACACCUUAAGUGGUGUUAAGGUUUGUAUAUGUGUGCUACUCAUGAUUUCAAAUUUCAUAGCCCAAAACUGUUGCUUGGAUUCAGAUCGGGCUGCUUCCAAAAGUUUCUGAGUUUUGGGGGACUUUGAAGAUUGCCUCUGGUGCUUUUCAAGCUGAGCUUUGGUAUCGGUUAAUAUAUUUGGUUAUUUAGGCUUUGUGUAAUGACCUUUUCUUAUUGAAGUUUGGUGAAUGGGGAUACAGACAAUGGGUUCUCAAGGUGGGGCUGAUGGUAAUUGCAAACAGUCACAGUUCCAGCCUUUGACAAGACAAAACUCGAUUUACAGUCUCACGCUUGAUGAGGUACAAAAUCAGUUAGGUGACUUGGGGAAGCCACUCUGCAGCAUGAACCUUGAUGAACUUCUCAAAAGUGUAUGGAGUGCUGAGGCGAACCAGACCAUGGGUAUGGACAUUGAAGGUACUGCAAUGGUCAAUCAAGCUUCCCUGCAGCGUCAGGCUAGCCUGUCAUUAACUAGUGCAUUGAGCAAGAAGACAGUCGAUGAGGUUUGGAGAGAUAUUCAACAAAGUAAAGAUAAUGAGGAAAAGAGAUCACGAGAACGACAACCUACUUUGGGAGAGAUGACUUUGGAGGAUUUCUUGGUCAAAGCAGGAGUUGUUGCUGAAGCAUCAGACAAAAAAAAUGCUGGUGGUCCUCUUGUUGGCGUUGGUCCAAAUGUCGCAUCGCAGUUUCCACAAGGUCAGUGGCUGCAGUACCCACAACCACAAUAUCAGCAUCCACAGCAAAGUAUGAUGGGGGUAUAUAUGCCAAAUCAGCCUAUACCACCUCCAAUGCAUGUAGGGGCUGGUGCUGUAAUGGAUGUGCCUUACCCUGAUAACCAGCUUGCAAUGCCUUCACCAUUAAUGGGUGCAUUAUCAGAUACACAGACACCUGGGAGGAAAAGGGGCAACCCAGAGGACAUAGUUGAGAAGACUGUUGAGAGGAGGCAGAAGAGAAUGAUAAAGAACCGGGAAUCUGCUGCUCGUUCACGUGCAAGGAAGCAGGCUUAUACAAAUGAACUGGAGAACAAAGUUUCACGUCUGGAAGAGGAAAAUGAAAGACUAAGGAAGCAAAAGGAGCUAGAGAAGGUGUUGCCUAGUGCACCACCUCCUGAGCCAAAGUAUCAGCUUCGCAGAACAACAUCAGCUCCAUUCUGACUUGUAUCUAUGUGCAUCUGUUGCUUGUGCUUUGGUUAUAUAUCUCUGUCAUGAGGUUUUUCUCUCUUUGUUUUUUUUUUGUUUUGGUGACAAGUUGCAUUAGAAAUUUUCAUGGGAACCUUUGUACUCUCACUAUUUUCUCUAAGACAUGUCUAGAAAGUUUUAGUGUCCGGUUUUCAAAAAUGUUCAGUUUAUGGUCUGUUUCUGCCUGCUGCAACUCAUGGCUGUUGAAUUAUACUUGCCCUGUUCUCAAGGUA